AUGCUAUCCUCGAGUUCGCCAAAUCGCCCACCCGUCUCCCUUUCCGUCGCGCGUCACGUCGCCAUCUCGUCGCCCGUCCCGUCGCCCUCUUCGUCGCCCUCUCUCCCCUCCUCUCCUCCCGUCGGCCUCUCUCUCGCCCCUCCCUACCGAUCGCCCUCCCGUCGCUCGCCCCGUCGCGCUCUCUCUCUCCGCUCCCUUCCCGUCGCCCUCUCUCUCGCCCCUCCCUUCCCGUCGCGCUCUCUCUCUCCGCGCCCUUCCCGUCGCCCUCUCUCUCGCCCCUCCCUUCCCAUCGCUCUCUCUCUCUCCGCUCCGCCCUCUCUCUCGCUCCUCCUUCGAAUCGCGCUCUCUCUCCGCUCCCUUCCCGUCGGCCUCUCUCUCCGCUCCCUUCCCGUCGCGCUCUCUCUCUCCGCUCCCUUCCCCUCGCCCUCUCUCUCGCCCCUCCCUUCCCGUCGCGCUCUCUCUCUCCGCUCCCUUCCCGUCGCCCUCUCUCUCGCCCCUCCCUUCCCGUCGCGCUCUCUCUCUCCGCUCCCUUCCCAUCGCCCUCUCUCUCGCCCCUCCCUUCCCGUCGCGAUCUCUCUCUCCGCUCCCUUCCCGUCGCCCUCUCUCUCGCCCCUCCUACCCGUCGCGCUCUCUCUCUCCGCGCCCUUCCCGUCGCCCUCUCUCUCGCCCCUCCCUUCCCAUCGCGCUCUCUCUCUCCGCUCCGCCCUCUCUCUCGCUCCUCCCUUCGAAUCGCGCUCUCUCUCCGCUCCCUUCCCGUCGCGCUCUCUCUCUCCGCUCCCUUCCCAUUGCCCUCUCUCUUUCUGCUCCCUUCCCAUCCUCCCUUCUCGCUCGCCUCGAAUAGCCCUCCCGGCGACCUUCGACUCUCCCAUCACGUAUGCCCUCCUUUCUCCGUCGCCUCUCUCGUUCUCCCUCUGCUAUCGCGUCAGCGUGACCCAUUCCGUACUCUGUUAUUGUGUUUGGUUUGUUUGUUUUUUCUGUCGUUCCAUCUAUUCUCGACACCCUCUCUCCCGCCGCCUAUCCUCUCUCCCGUCGCCUAUCUUUUCUCCCGUCGCCCUCCCGUUUCCCGUCGCCCUCCCGUUUCCCGCCCCCCUCCCGUUUCCCGUCGCCCUCCCUUUUCCCGUCGCCCUCCCGUUUCCCGUCGCCCUCGCGUUUCCCGUCGCCCUCCCGUUUCCCGUCGCCCUCCCGUUUCCCGUCGCCCUCCCUUCUUCCGUCGCCCUCCCUUUUCCCGUCGCCCUCGCGUUUCCCGUCGCCCUCCCGUUUCCCGUCGCCCUCCCGUUUCCCGUCGCCCUCCCGUUUCCCGUCGCCCUCGCGUUUCCCGUCGCCCUCCCGUUUCCCGUCGCCCCCCUUCUUCCGUCGCCCUCCCGUUUCCUACGCCCUCCCUUCCCGUCGCCCUCCCGCCUCAAGUCCAAGGCAGCACAUUGA